AUGCAGCCUUUCCACACCCUCUCCCGAAUCCUUCCCUUCCCGGAUGCGACCCAAAAGGCGUGGUGGGAUAAGUUAGCUCCCAUGCUUUUGAAGGCUAUGCAAGCUCAAGGAUACGAUACCGAGGCCCAGUAUGCUCAGCUGGGCAUGGUAUACAAAUGUGUCCUGCCGUACCUCGGACAAUAUCCAACCGUCGAGAACGAUGCUACCCGCUGGAAGAGCUUCUUAUGCCCAUACGGCAUCCCCAUUGAGCCAAGCCUGAACAUCUCGCAAGGCAUUCUACGUUACGCAUUUGAGCCUAUUGGCCCCGAUGUCGGUACUGACAAGGAUCCUCAGAACAUGAACGUCAUUCAAGACUGCUUGAAGGGGUUAACGGACCAUGAUGACCGCAUCGAUACUACUUUGUAUGCCCAGUUUGCCUCGCGGUUAUUGCUCACCGAAGAGGAAUCGCAGCGGGCGGCCGCCACAGGGCAGUUCACCUUCAAGCCUGGGCAGGGCAUGCAUGGGUAUGCAGUAGACAUGAAAGGCUCACAGCCCAUGGUCAAGGGCUAUUUUUGCGUUGGCAUCAAGUCAGCUGUGACGGGGAUCCCGACUGGGAAAUUGAUGCUCGAUGCAGUCCGGGAAGUCGACACUGAAGGCAGAAUUACUGAGCCAUUGGACAAGCUGGAGGAUUACUACGGCAAUGCCUUGGGAAACUUGAGAUUAUGCUUCAUGAGCGUUGACAUGAUCGAUCCGCAGGAUGCUCGCACUAAAUUGUAUGGUCUCCAACAAGAGGUUUCCUUCGAAGGACUCGAGGAUCUCUGGACAUUGGGUGGCCGUAUCAAUACCCCGACAAAUCAAGAGGGCCUACAGCUGCUCCGAGAGUUGUGGGAUUUGCUGCAAAUUCCCCCUGGAGUGCGAGAUAUCGACGUUGACCACUGCUCAGUGGGCCAACCGCCCAAGUAUUUGCUGCCCAGCUUGGUCAACUGGACGUUCUUGCCCGGCCAUUCGGAUCCCAUGCCUCAGGUCUAUGUGGUACCGUUUGGCCUGCCGGAUGCGCACAUUUCGGACGCUUUGGUUACCUUUUUUGAGAGACGUGGAUGGACAGAUCUGGCGAGGAACUACAAGAGCAAUCUGGCAUCGUAUUUCCCAGACGUCGACUUUUCGCAGUCCCGCCACGUCCAGGAGGCCAUUUCAUUUUCGUUCCGGAAAGGCAAGCCAUAUCUGAGCGUCUACAUGUCCCUGUUUUAG